UUAACAGUUUUAUGGACGUUACUAUCAACACUGUUUGUACUUUUCCAAGCUCUUCUAAUGGCCAUCAACAACAUUCUGAUGCUAUUUUAAAUGAAUUGGAGAUCUCUAGCAAGGAUAUAGGUAAUAAGCAACGGGUGAUGAAAAUUGAUACUGAUGUUAACUUCAAAACUUCUCCUAUAAUCGCUCCAACGUCACCGAACAACGAAUUACAAGCCAAAGUUUCCGAUGGAACUGUUAUUGAUAUCAAGGUUCACAACAUUCUUUGUAAUUACACUCUUCCAAUGCAUAUCGAUUUGCGGUUAUUGGCGUAUCACAGUAUCAAUGUGGAUUAUGAUCGCUUUAAAGGAGUCUUAGUCAAACAAUUACGGGAUCCUGAUUGCACAGUAAAAAUUUUCAACAGUGGUAAAGUGGUUAUAUUCCGUUGUAAGAGUGAAAUAGAAUGUAAACGUGCAUCACGUCAAAUUGCACGAAUGAUUCAACGUGGAAUGAACAAACUCGAUCAACGUAUUUGCAUACGCAAGUACCGUGUCUCCAACAUUUUUGCCACGUGCCGACUUCCUUUUUCUAUUCACAUAGAUGACGUGGCUCGAAAAUACCGCGGCGAAGGUGUAAAGUAUGAACCAGAAUUAGCGCCCGGUCUCGAGUGGACUCUUCGGGAUCCAAAAUCAUAUUUGCGUAUUCACACAACCGGAUCAAUAACAAUUUCAGGAGCAACAUCAGAGCUCGAUCUUAUCACAAGUAUUCAGCGUGUUUAUCCUUUCUUGAAGGAGUUUUCAUAUCAAAGAGAUCUCGGGGUAGAAGUAAAUCUUGAUGACGAAACUCAAUUUAUGGCUGAUUCCUACAAACAUUUGCGGAAACGUCCUCGACAACAGUCAAAACAUUUUCUUGGCGGUAGUUCGGAAAAAAGUCAAGUAAUUCUACCAUCUAAAAAGGGGCGUUAUGUUGACACAAUGGAAAAGGGUGCAGGUGUUCUCGGCACUGGAAUUUAUAACAAUCAAUUGUAUUUUGAAGAUGAGGACGAAAAUGUAAUCGCUGAUGAUGAGUAUUUCCCGGACGACGAAGACUGCCUAUAUGAUGAAGAUGAUAAUUGAAUAGUUAUGCGCAUCAACGGGUUUUUUUGAAUCAUAGCAUAUUAAUUCGAAUCGGCAAUCCACAAACAGAUCUUCACAUUUGUUUUUGCUUGAAAUGGCGUUAAAGUCAUUUCUAUA